AUGGCGCUACUGAAGAACAAGUAUAUGCCUUUGAGCGACGCUGACGUGUCGCCAGAGCGCGUGGCGACUUACGACGGUCAACACAUCACACUCUCGUCGGCUCCAGGCACUACUGCCUUUGCGAUGGGAAAUUAUUUGGGCGGGGGCAUUGCGGGUGUCGUGUACGAAGCCUUUGACCAACGCAUGAAGCGACCAGUCGCUGUAAAAAUAUUAAAUCCCGUGGGAUAUAAACUCACGAGUCCUGGGGCAUUACGACGUGCCGAGAUUAUCAAGAAAGGAGUGCCGAUUGUUGGAAAUGUGCGCGGAAUGACGUUAGACAAUGUUUACUGGGUACAUUUACCCCGUCGGAAAGAAUUACUGGCUUGCUAUGUAACAGGGUGUGGCCUUGCUCCACCCGUAUUAAGAGAGUUGACACUUGAGAUGUGUGUGAGUCUAUGGCUGCUAGACCAUCAUGACGAGGAGCUGCGAGAUCAGCCACAGACUCAGCGAAGACGACGAAUGAGAAGUUCUGAUAGAUUGACGACAAGUAUGUCCUGUGAAGAUCCAGUACAUGAGCCUUCUAGAAGAAGUGUGGCGACAGCAUCGGCAGCCUCAGCUGCUUCUGCCGCUGAUAUGCAGCUUGACCAGGUGAAUGAGGAAACAGAAAUCAGAGAAGAUGGAGAGGAUGUAAUUGUGAUUAAUGACGUGACCUACGUUAUUCCUAGUCUACCGGCUAAAUACCGUGCGUUUUUACAGGCGAGAAAAACUAUCUACCGCGAAAUCGCACACAUGCACAAACUUACUGGAAACAGCGUGAGCGGCGAACGAAUUGGAAGUGGCCACGAAAAUGUACUGCAACUAUAUGACGUACUGGAGCUGGUGCAGCCUUCGAAAUCGACAAUUUUUUUGGUACUUGAACUUGCGUACGGUGGUGAAUUGUUUGAACGUAUUCGAGGUGAUUCCGGGGUCGAAGAAGAGGUGGCGAGAACGUACUUUAUGCAACUUCUGGCAGGCGUUCGGUAUUGUCAUCAGCUGGGCAUUGUACAUCGGGAUUUAAAGCCCGAAAAUUUGCUACUAAGCGACUCGGAUGUGCUCAAAAUAGCAGAUUUUGGGCUCUCAGCACAUUUUAUAGCUGCUGUGAGCAGCGGCGCCAGUGCCGAUGAAGACAAUAAUGACGAUAGCGGCCUCACAAAUCUUAUGGCGCCAUCUGGUCUCCGACGCUUAAAUUCAAUUGUUGGGUCGCCGCACUACGUGGCUCCAGAGGUUUUGCAAAACGCGCGAUAUGGUUACGAUGGACGCAAGGCAGAUAUGUGGAGCAGUGGCGUUAUUUUAUAUGGACUUCUCGUGGGUACACUGCCAUUUGGACGUGAUCUCGCGACCUGCCCGAGGUAUCUUAAGUUUAGCGAGUGGCUGCGUUCUCUGCCGUGCGAUUCACAUACUGGCAAGCUCACAUUUGACUCUCAGCUAUUCCAGGCUGCAGGUAACUUAAGUACCUCAAAGCAGCAGCUAUUAGAAUUGUCGACGCAUCCAAAUUUUCCUCCCGCUUCAGCGAUGCGGGGUCUUAUUCUCAAUGGCUCUCAAAAGCUCUGGAAUCAAAACCAGGCUAUUGGGUCUUGUUCUCCGUCAGCUAGUUGCAAUGGUCCGAUUCUGGCUGAUGCUAAGGCUUUUAAGUCUGUAGCUGUGGGUGCGAGUACCGUUCAGUCACGUCGGUCUGUAGCAUUUCCGACGUGGCUUUUUCCAUCAACACUGUCUCCGUCGGCCGCAUUCCUGUUGGCUUCUUUAUUGCAUUCAGAUCCAAACAAACGAAUUUCAUGUGAAGAGGCCUGUAAAUCGAGUUGGGUGCUCGGAGUGUAG